GCCCUCCCCUCCCUGCCUGGCGCGGGUGGGAGCCGCUGACUCAUCUGCCAUCAUCCCCAUCAUCAUCACCAUCACCAUCAUCCUCCCCGCGCGAGGAAGGGCGGCUGGAGGGGCUGCAUUGCAGACCCAGCAGACAAAAGCGCCGCUGCUCCGCCCGCGGCUCCCCGGCACAAAGCGCCCGCUCCGAGCCCACGGCACCGGCACCGGCACCGGCACCGGCCCCGGCACCGGCCCCGGCACCGCCCGCCCUCCGCAGAGCCUGAAGAUGCUGGACACCAUCAGCAGCCAGUACGACUCCUUCAUCUACUGGAGGAUGCCGAUCCCACGGCUGGACAUGGCCGAGCUGGAGGGGCUGGGGCUCGCAGAGCUGCCCCUCUACAAGCCCAAGGGAGGGCUGGGCAAGCUCAGCGACCACCGAGGCAGCCAGGACCUCUCCCAGGAAGAAGAAGAAGACGACAGUCUGCUGCAGUUCAACAGCUUUAAUUUCUGGCGAGCUCCCAUCGCCAGCAUCAGCUCCUUAGAUUUCGAUUUAAUUUGAAGCCCCUGCUCGUCCUCGCCCCCCUGCUCUCUCUGUUCCCGCCAGGCAUGCCAGGAUUUGGUUUUGUUGUCGCUUUGGAGGUCGUUGGGUUGGGUUUUUUUUUUGGUUUCUGGGCAGUUUUGCCGCUGGUCAUUCGCUCAGCAGCUCACCGCGGCCUUGAUGGUGAUGGGCUCCCCAAAAAUCUCCAAAUCCUCUCUCGCUUUUCCUGCUGGAAUCACAGCGGUGCCAGUGACAGCGCUGGGGGCAAACACGAGGGGAGGGGGCAGAAAAAGCCCCCCAGUUUCCCCCCUCCAUUCCCAGAGGGUUUGGAGGUGUCACCCCCGUGUCAGCGUCACUGUCCCCGCCCUGUGUGACAAUUUUUCAGCUCAUUUCCCACGUGCUUUUUUAGGAAACUCGUUUGUGCAAACGAGGAGCAAUGGGAAUCGCCCUGGUUUUGCAGAAAGCAUCGACCCUCUGCGCUCCCCUGGCCCAAUUUCUCGAAAUUCUGCUUCGUCCCUUAACCUUCCCCUCGGGAAUGAAAGGUGGAAGAGGCAGGGAUGCGCCCAAGAUAUCAGCAGAAACCUUUUUCUUGAGAAAAAGAAUAAUUUUGAGCCUUGUGGUGUGAGCCCAAGCAGAAAAAGUUCUGUCCAGGAGGGUAGAUAGACAUGGAAAUGCUCUGUCCUUGCUUAGUGGGGUCAAGGCUGGGUGUUUAUUGCCCCCAAAUUUGAUUUUUUCAUCCUUUUUUUAUGCCCCACAUGGUUUAUUCCCAGUGCUGGGACAGCUGCUGGGUACAUUGUGGGGUCUGGAAGGGUGAUGGGGCAGAGCUGAAAGAUGGAUCUUACCCCCAGAUGAAAAUAUUUCAGGUUUUCCACCCACUUAACCCUUUAAAAACAACAACAAACAAUGCUGCAUUCAUUCAAGUGGAAGCCUUGAGUUUUCUCCGGGGAGAUUUUCACCUGCUGAGGUUUAUUUCCGAGCAUCAUCUCAAAAUGGGAGGAAAAACCCAACCUGGAAUAAUUUUUGGCUUUGAAACAGUUAUGUGGGUUUGGUUUUUUUUUUUUUUCCUUCCCAAAUUGUUUUCUGGGAUUGAUUUGUCUUCUUGAAUGUGCUUUUUUUGGGCUGGAUUGGGAUGAAAUGAUGUGGAGCAUCCCAAAAUCAUCCUGAGAGUUGGGGGUAUGUGGCUGGGGCAGCACUUAAAAAGUGCCAGGAAUAGGCAAAAAAUUGGAAAAAAAUCUGCAUUCUACUAUGAAAAUUUGAUGCAGCUCUCCUGUAAUCUGCAGAAAUAAUCAAGUAUGCUGAUUUUGAACCAUCUGUGUAAAACCAGAGAUGAAAAAUGUAAACUCUCCUCUGCAGAGCUGUUUUGACUUCUGUGUUCCCAGCUAGGAAAACCUGCAGGAGAAGUAUUUAUUAUGAAACUUUAAAUAAAAUCAGUUCAAAACAUA